AAAACAAAACAAAUAGUUUGUCUUUUCUUUUCAUUUCAUUGCAAAGCACAUUCGUACGUUUUUUAGAGAAGAUUGCAGAGAUAUUCACGGCCAUUUUUUCAGACUUCCAGCGAAAGCACGUUAACCUUCAACUACUCAGGUAAAAAUGGCUUCUUUCCAUGAUGCACAAGGGUUCCAGGGUAACCAAGGUGACGAGGAAGAUGUUGAUGUGAUAUCUGUGGAGCCUAUCGCGAUGAUAGUGCCGCCGGAGUUGCUGGAUUCGCCCCGAACUGUCGCGUCGGAAAGCAGCACUAGUUUGAGCGCAGGUGGUGGUUCUGAGGGCCACCGGCCUUCAACCUUCAGUGAUUCGCCCACGGACGGACACCCAGUGGAAUGGUGCGGCCACGAUGAAGGGGUACAAGAAGCUGGAGGAGAUGGUGAGGCGAUUCCAUAUCCUCAGAACCAUCCUGAUAUGAGCUGGGACACCGAACGAGCGGGCAUGCUCAGUGUUGCGGACGGGCUGGAGUACGAGCUGGCCCUUUCGCAACUUACUCCCAACAGCAUAAAGUUCAUCAUAAGCUUUAUGCUGUUGUGCGAAAGGUUGGGGAUGCCUGCAAAGGCAACGGUCUUCAGGUCGUUCUUUUUGUGUAGAUUGUGCCCGUCUACCAGUGGAACGAGAUGGUACUACAUCUCGGGCAAAGAGAAGAUGAUGAUAUUCACCAACAUUAGGAAUAAGCUGACAGUUGGUGAUAUUGACCUGAAGAACCGGUUGCUCGAUCACGUGAAGGCGAAGGGUUUGGUGGAUCUGGAAGCCUUGGUUACCCCGGACCAGAUCGCACUUCUUGGGUUUGUCGACGUGGCAAACCUUCAUAAGAAAGGCAGCGCUAGAGGGCACAAGGCUCACGUGGCAGCGGAGUUGGGUUUAGUUCCCAGUGUCAGUCCCGCUUUGACGAGCGGCCACCUGCUGCACCGGGGCGCAGCUCCUAGUAUCGAAGUUCCAGCUCGGCACAGAGGCCGCGUGCCAAGCAGAGGACGGAACCUGCGCCUUCCAGCACUAAGAGACGUGCCAGGGAAGAGUCUGACGCGGAGGAUGACGUCCCACUCAUCCGGCGAAGGACAAGUACUAGCUCGCAGCCCGCCUCAGCCGCUUCUGCGCGACCUGCCAGCGUGCCUCAAGCGCCAGUUCGACAGAGUGCCAAGGCGCUAUGCUGGAGGUUAUGCAGAACUUUAUGCCCCUCACAGACUAGCUGCGCGUGAAGGGGCACAUUCAACAGCAUGGUGGACAUGCUGCCCUUAUCAAGUUAAUGGAUUUGAAAGCCGAGCUGACGAGCUGGCCCGCAAGGUAGACGAGCUGAAGGAGGAGCUCCAAUGGGCUCAGGUGGAGAAGGAAAGCGGCAUUCAAGCUGCUAAGGAGGAGACCGGCUGUGAAGAGGACCGGGCCAAAAAGGCAGAAGCUGAUAAGGAAAGGACUCUGCACGAGCUCAACGGCUUGAGAGAGAGGGUGUCACUAGCUGAUCAGCAUGUCGCCCGGGCUGAGGCGUCCUUGGAGAGGACCAAAAAACUCCACCAGCGCGACGUCUGCUUUGCCCGUGCACAAAGGGCUGAGUGGCUGGUGGGAGUAGAAAUGUUCCAGGAUGCUGUAGCAGUGGCUUCAGCCAACACCACCACGGACAUUUUCAACGAAGUUCGUGGAAAGGUGCUAGGAGUCCGGGUAGACUUUCCCAUUGGCGAGCUGGCCUUCUUCGAGGGCGAGGAGAUCGACGCUGACGGGAAGAGCCUUGCCCAGCCAGCUGACACCAAGGUGAAGCUGAAGUGGGAGCUCGACGAAGAGGGGCUGCCCGUGUGGCCCCCUUCAGUCGUUGAGGAGGGAGAGGACACGGAGGGGUUGUCGAGCUUCGAUGCUUGGGUAGCAGACCCCCAUGAUGUGCCUGCUGAGCCUUCCAGCACUCCCCCCUCCGCUCCGCCCCAGCUCAUCUCAGCCGCUGCUCUUGCUCACUCUUCUUCAGAUCGGUCAUCUCCGGCUCGGUUUGCUUCUACGCCUAAUGAUGCAUCCAUCCCCGUCGAUCUGAUGGAUGACUAGUUAGGAUUUUUACUUUCUUUGUUUAUUUUGUGUUGCUUUUGCAUUUUUGUGUAAAUCAAUGAACUUGUUUAGAACAUGUAUUGCACUUGUAAAAACUCAUUGAUUGAAUACAAAUUCAGAACUUUU